AUGACCGCCCAUGGUCACCCAUCUGAUCUUGACCACGAACAUGAAUCCACAAGCGUCUACAAUGCGAAAUCUGUGUCAGAGAUCCGUGCCGCUUUGGCCGAACUCCACAGAAAAGAGGCCACCGUGACCUCGCAGCUUGAUGCUCUUAUCAGUGCACAGAAAGAUCUUCAGCGAGAACUUGGCCGUCUGGACUUGUUCCGGGCAAACGUCACUGCGCAAGCUUCUAAGGCCAGAGCGGUCAGCAAUGGCAUGCUCUCAGACGCCGCAGCAAACGCCAAACGAAUCUCAAAUUCGGUCAAGACUCUCGAUCUCGAGCAGGAAAGGGUCAAGGCCACGCUCACCGUCGUCGAACAGGUUGGGGAGUUGAAGGCUUGUGUGCUGGGUGUCUCUGGGUCCAUGGGAGCGGCUCAGGACUGGGAAAAUGCUGCCAGUUACCUUAGCAGAGCCUCAAAGAUCCCCAGUGCAGUCAUCAAUGGGCCAUUCGCUGCAAGAAUCGUCCCGACCGCAGAAGUCCCAGAUGCUCCGGCUGUCACCCUGGAGAACGCGUCAGAGUCCUUGUGUAGCUUGUUUCUGAGAGAGUUCGAGAAAGCGGUUAAGGAGAACGACGGUGCUAGAAUAACCCGUUUCUUCAAACUCUUCCCACUUAUCAACCGCUCAGAUGUUGGCCUGGACGUUUAUGGUCGCUAUGUUUGCCAGGGAGUCGCUUCACGGGCGCGAGCCAACCUCAACGCAGGCACCGGUGGCAACCAAAGCAAAGACGGGUUCUUCUACGCAAAUGCGCUGACUAAGUUGUUCGAGCAUAUUGCACAAAUCAUCGAGGGACAUGGUGGACUGGUUGAGCGCCACUAUGGCCCUGGAAAGAUGGCCAGAGUCAUCGAACGGCUACAAGUCGAGGCUGAUCUCCAAGGGGGAAUAAUACUUGACACUUGGACCGAUGAACGGAGAAUCGAACGCCAACUGACUGACAUCAAGGCGUACGCUUUUACAUUCUUGGUCCAGAGCUUCCUGCCGGCACAGCGUGGUUCAACCGGAACGCCACGCGCAGGCUCUCCAGCACCGGGAAGGUCAAGUGAGGAUGAAUCUGUCGAUAUGAAACAGGUGGAUGCCUUGUUAAAUGAAAUGACUCUCAUGCUGGGCAAAUGGUCAUUGUACACCAGGUUCAUUGCUGAAAAAUGCCAGGAUGCUGGCGCUCUCGAUGGAUCACUCUCGAUGCCGCCUUUCCUCCUCAACUCGAGUCUCGCCAAAAAGGUGCAGGAGAAACUCCUGACUCCGUUCAACACGAUGACUACAUUCUUCUUCCGACGUUCAGUCGAGAAAGCGUUCCAGCUCGACGAGCAACCCCCAGAUUUGUCCCUCAACCCCCACAAACCGCUCAACUCCAAUCCUCCUCACGUCACCUCUGCAAUCGAAGACAUCAUGUACAUCGUCAACAAAGUUCUGCAACAGUCCUUGGCAACGUCGCAGAAGCAGGUCGUCUCUAACGUCGUGCCAACACUGGGCAGGAUCCUCGGCUCCGACUUCGUCGGUAUGGAACAGCGCAAGAUGCGGGAUGAGAGCUACCCCAAAGCCGCGAUUCAAGGCCAGCUUCCACCCGAGGCGACAAUCGUCUCAUUCCUUGUCCUCAUCAACAAUCUCGAUGUAGCCAAGGACUACGUUGUCCAGAUCGCCCGGGCCCGAGUGGAACCCACUGCAGGCUCACCCCAUCGACCCUUGGAAGAGCUCUUUCCUGGGCCCGGUGAGGCAGAAGCCGUUGCAGCCGCUCUGACAUCCUUCUCCACAGCAUUUUCGGAGAAAACCAACGAGCUCAUCUCCGACGGCGUGACCGUGGUCUUUCACAAUGUCAUGAAGCCCCGUCUUCGACCCAUUUUGAUGGACGCCUUCCGCGACACGGACUACCAGCUCACACGCGAGCAGUUGCAAGACCUCGCGCAGGACCUCGACGGCGGAGGAGACGAGACAGAGGCUUUCUCGGAUGAAGUCCGCAUGCGGUUCCAGCUCGGAUGGGACGCGCUGACCAAGCCCAUCGGGCGCAUUAUGACCGAACGCACGUUCGACCAGCUGCUGACGAUCGCGGUGAACUACCUGAGCAAGAUGCUCGAGAAGCGCCUGUGGACGUACCACGGACGUGUGAACGAAGUCGGGGCGGCAAGGCUGGAGCACGACGUCAACGAGAUCAUCAAGGUCGUGGUCAAGGGUCAGAAGUAUGCCCUGCGCGAGGCGUUCUUGCGCUGCACCCAGAUCUGCAUGAUCAUGAACAUGGACGAGGAGGAGUGGGACGAGCUGCUCAAUUCCGGCGGCGAGGUCGCGGAUAGAUUGAAGCACGAGGAGCGCGUUAGGGCAAGGAACAUGGUCAAGGACACUUCUGCCUGA